AUGUCAAAUGCAAGCAUCUCAGUUGUCAUUCCUGAUUGGUUUGAGAGUCUUUAUUGUGGCAUUAUACACUUGGAUCUUUCUAACAACCAGAUCAAAGGAAAGGUGACAAUAUUUCAAAAAUGUAAAUAUAGUGCUCAUGAUAAACAGUUACUAUUGAGUUCUAACAGAUUUGAGGGCCCACUAGCACCGCUUCCUUCAGAUGUUUAUGUCUUGGAUCUCUUCAACAACUUGCUUUUAGGACCUAUUACUGCAAAGGAUAUAAAUAUUAUUGAUUUCUCAAACAAUCAGUUAUCAGGAAAAAUUCCUCCUUGCUUGGGGCAAUUGGAUCAGUUGUCGGUGCUAGAUUUGACGAAUAAUAGUCUAUAUGGUGAAAUUCCAAGUUCAUUGGGUUCCCUACAAUUUCUCACUUCCUUGCACUUGCGUAACAAUAAGUUUCAUGGGAAGCUUCCUUUGUCCUUACAGAAUUUGACACAACUUUUCACCAUUGAUCUAGGUGAAAAUGUGCUCACUGAUAAUAUCCCUCCAUGGAUUAGAUAUAACCUAACUAAUCUUAGAUUUUUCAGUCUUCAAUCAAAUAAUUUCUAUGGUGAUAUUCCUCCACAACUCUGUUAUCUCCAAGAUUUGCAAUUGUUGAACUUGGCACAAAAUAACAUAACGGGAAAUAUCCCUCGUUGUUUUGGCAACUUCACUGCCAUGGUUGACCUACAUCGUGGGCACUUUUCUUAUCGAUUUAAUUAUUCUAUUGAAGCAAAUUAUGAAGAGAACAUUUUGGAUUCAAUGAAAGGAAGAGAACUAGAAUACACCAAGACACUCAAAUUUCUCGUCUCCAUGGACCUUUCGAACAAUGGCAUUGUUGGAGAGAUUCCAAAAGAGUUAAUGGAUCUUUCUGGAUUGCUCAACUUGAAUUUAUCUGGAAAUCAUCUAAAAGGAAGGAUCCCUAAUAAUAUUGGCAAUUUGACACAAUUGCAAUCUCUUGAUUUGUCUCAAAACAAACUUUCUGGCCCCAUUCCUCCAAGUCAAGACUCGAAGAUCGAUUGA